UAGGACGAGAGGCUGCGAUGGCGGCGGGUGUGCGGGCGGUGGAGAUGGAAUCCGAACUGACUACGGAGUCUAAGUCUGGUCAGGGCUCUGCAAGAUUUGUGGGUGCACAGACCACGGCGGUCAAGGUCAACUUUGACGCCGAGAAGCGACUGGUUUGCGCCGAGUACCCUGGGUUGGUCCGCGACCCGCUGAAGAUGCUGGAGACCCUGGGCGGGGAGGAGGGGGUCUCCCGGGCUUAUGCUGAUCCAUGCAGGAGGCUUGAACUGCACUUCCGUCCAAAGGAUCCUUACUGCCACCCUGUGUGUGGUAACCGCUUCCCUUCGACCAGUAUGCUACUUAGGGUCAAAAGGAGAAGGAGAAAAAUUACUGCAAAAGAAACUUCAAAGGAAGGAGAGAGCGAAGAAGUUAAAUAUGAAAUGGAAAUUCUUGGAAUUAUUGGGACCACUUAUAAAUUUCAGGGUAUGUCUGAUUUCCAGUUUCUUGCCUUGCACAACACGACAGGAGGCUCACAGAUGUCCAUGUAUGACAAAGUAAUUCUUCGCAAGCCUGAACACAAAGAGUUUUUUGACCAGGAGUUGCCACUCUACAUUCCUCCUCCAAUAUUUUCCCGUGUAGAUAAUCCUGUGGAUUAUUUCUACCGACCAGAAGUCCAACACAGGGAAGGUUAUCACCCUCCAAAACUGUCCAACGAGAACUUGAUCGGUCUGGGCCGAGCCCGCCGUCCGCACAAUGCUAUAUUUGUGAAUUUUGACGAUGCUGAGGUCCCAUCCCAGCCACUUGAAGCUGCGGUUCAGAACUGGAGAAAAUUUAACACUCAAGCGAUAGACCGGAAAGCUGAAGAAGAACUGAAAGCGCUCUUUGAAGUUCGACCCAUUUGGUCCCGAAAUGCAGUGAAGUCAAAUAUUAAUAUCCAUCCAGAGAAACUGAAGCUGCUGCUGCCUUUUGUAGCCUACUACAUGCUUACAGGUCCCUGGCGAAGUCUCUGGGUGAGGUUUGGAUAUGACCCAAGGAAGGAUCCCAAAGCAAAGAUUUAUCAAGUGUUGGAUUUCAGACUUCGUUGCAGCACCAAACAUGGUUAUAUGCCCUCUGACAUGCCAGUGAAGGCAAAGCGCAGCACAUUUAACUACAGCCUGCCCAUUACCAUCAGCAAGCCAGCCCCCCAGGUUGUGAGUAUUCAGGAUCUAACAAAAGGUUCUAAGGUUCUCAACUUCCCACAGAGGAAAAUAUCAACUCUAUCUGGAUACAAACUUAAAGAGUCGGCAUACAUCUUCAGAGAGGACACUUUGCCACCUUAUCGACAGAUGUUUUACCAGUUGUGUGACUUGGACGUGGAGAGUUUAAAAAAGAUUAUCCAUCGUAAUAAAGGCAAAGAGACCACUUGUAAUGAGAGGGAUGGCUGGUGUUUGCCCAAAACCAGUGAUGAACUCCGGGAUCGGAUGUCUAACAUGAUCAAAGAGAUGUGUCGCAAGAACCGAGCAGUUUCAACCUCUUUGAGGAAGAAGCCAUCAGUCACAAAAGAGUAUGAAUCUGCUGAGGAGGAGGAGGAGGAGGAGGAGGAAGACGAGGAGGAAGAGUAUGCACCGUUAGAGGGAAGCGAAAAUGAAAUGGAGACUGAAAUUCUUGAUUAUAUGUAACUUAGUUGUAAGCUGGACUCAGUUACAGGGCUUAGAAGAGCAACACUGAUUAUGUUUUACUGAAAAUACUGCACUAUACUGACAAAGGAUGGUGGUUUUGCUUGGACUGUUUGAGACCUUGUUCAGCAAGGUCUUAUGUUCCUGUUGCAGGCUGCAUUGGGGCCAACCUGUCUGAUAAAAGAAACAGCUGCCAGAGGUGGUAUUGGUCAACACUAACUGAUUCUGCAGUUACUUGCCAAGGCAGUUUAUUGGAAAGUGACCAAGAUGUGGAGACGUUUAUUUGCACAGGUGAUACCUGAUCCAUUUAGUGCUCUGCAGCAUCUUCUGUGUCUCCAUUAUGUAAAUAGUGAUUAUGUGAAGGUUCAAUAACACGUGUAUUUAUGAGUUAGUAACAGAAUAUUAAAUCAGAUUUCUUCCCACAGUUUGAUGUGAGAAUGUAUGGCUGAGUACUGGGCUGCAGGAUGGUGUUCUCUGUAACAUCUUAUCCUUCAUAACUUCUCCUGCAGAGAAUGUCCAUUCUCCAGUAAGACUUCAGUAGGCAGCUAAUCCACCAAAACCAGCUUCCUCUUGCUGGCUGCUGUGUUGGCAUCAGAAUCAGUUCCAGACAUACCCAUUGCAGGUAACAAAGUUAGGUUGCAUGAUUUGGUGCAUCUUUUAUUUUGUAAACAAAUGAGAUCCAGGAGGAACAGAGUGUCUUCACCAACACACUAGUGUGUCUACCAUUGGAAACUGGCAGGGAUGGGCAAGAGUUUCAACCAAUAGACCAAUGAGUGGAGGGGGAAGAGAAGCUUCCACCAGCAAAGCAACUUCAGCCUUCUCCAGCACUUACAGGUUUUAUUUCAAGAUUCCAGCAUCUGCAAAACUUUGCUUUUCAAUUUGGAAACUGGAGACCAAGAUUCUUCCCACUCACUCUGAAGUUAAUACAGCAAACAAGUGGCAACGUCCAGAAAGCCUGCAAUCCACACGUAACAUCCAUAGAUCUUGGUUCACUCAACCUGAGGUUAAAUUCUUUGGCUGUGGGUUGGGAGAGAAUGCAUUCAUAGCUCUGCAAAUGAAAGACAAGAAUAGACAUUCCUGACAGUCACAUCGCCAAACAAAUCAUCGAUGAAUUCAUACCAAUGAUAUUCCUACUUGGCUUUCUUGGUAGUUUGGUUUGGAGAUAGUACUAGGACAGGGUUAUGUGUGGUUGAAUGAACACAGACAAAGCUCAUGGGCACCUCCAAGCUUAAGGUGGGUUAUUUUAUCCAUAUGGUGAAGGAUGUGCUGUUAACCUUGAUAUCUAAUGACACUUUCUCUAUCCAACUGAACAUGAUAAUCAGAGGGAACAAGGUGCGCCAACAGUGAGUGGAUAGCUUGAGAUGGCUACUUCUCUUCCCUACACCUUCUCUCCAUCCUUCCUUUCCUGAAAGUGUUAAAAAUAGUUCACAAUUCCAAGGUUAUGAGUGAAAGCGUGCUGGAGGAGGUAUACAAAAUCUACUACAAAUGGAGAGCAUGCAAGCAACAGGUGUUUGAAACUCAGAAACUCACAAACUAAUCUUGUGCUUGAGAAAUUCUCAGCUGUGAAAACAUUAAGAUAAGAGAGUGCUAUUUAUGGAACUGUUUAUCUAUAGAAAGCAGGAGCUACACAGUGCAGGAUGAGAACGUUACUUUUAUUGUGAGGUCAGCACAAUUGAUUUUCUGUCUCUUCAUACUUUAUUGAGUCGCUUUCAAUCAUGUAAUAGCAAUUAGUGCAACAUUAUUACAGCUUGGGGUGUCGGAGUUCAGAGUCAAUCCCAGCGUCCUCUGUAGGGAGUUUAUAUGUGGAAUACAUGGGUUUUCGCCGGCUGCAUUGGUUUCCUCUCACAUUCCAAAGACAUACCAUUUAGUAAGUUUAGUAAGACGAAGGAUCUUGACCCGAAACGUCGACUGUACCUCUUCCUAUAGAUGCUGCCCGGCCUGCUGCGUUCCACCAGCAUUUUGUGUGUGUUGCUUGAAUUUCCAGCAUCUGCAGAUUUUCUCGUGUUUCCAUUUAGUUAAUUGGUCAUUGUAAAUUGUCCCGUGAUUAGGUUAGGGUUAA